AUGCGAGCCGCAGAGACCACGGCCAGACCUCUCACCACCGUUCCCAGCUGGUCUGAUCUGGAAUCAGGGGUUGAGAGGGCUAGAGAGCAGCUGAGCUUCCCGGAACCCGACUAUGAAAAUGGGCCGGCAAACUCGUACGCCCUGGAGGAGAAGAGGAUCCCGUACACCAUCGAGAAGAUCAACAUGCAGUGCUAUGGGGACAAGCCUGCCGAGUUCUUGGCAAAGGUCCCGUCUGGCCUCCUCCCAGUCCUCGAGGUGGGGGGCAGGGUGUUCACUGAGUCGGCCGUGAUCCAGGAAGUGCUGGAGCAGCUCUACCCAGAGAUUCCCCUCCUGCCCCAGCCUGGGACCCAGGAGCAUGGCCGGGCCGCCGGGCUCAUGCGCUUGGAGCGGCGCCUCUUCUCCGACUGGCUCCAGUGGCUCUGCCGCGGCGGGUGGAACGUACAGGGCAACCGCAGGGCCUUCUGCAAGACCAUGGAGGCAGUGGAUGAUGCGCUGCGUGCCACGCCCGGCCCCUUCUUCCUGGAGUCGGGCCUGAGCCUGGUGGACCUAACCUUUGCGCCCUUCCUGGAGCGCAUCGCCGCCUCCAUGGUCUACUACAAGGGUUUCGUGGUCAGGGGACAGGGGAGGUGGCCGGGGAUCGAUGCCUGGUUUGAGGCCAUGGAGGCCCGCGAUUCCUACCGCGGGUUCAAGUCGGACUACUACACCCACUGCCACGACCUGCCGCCCCAGCUGGGAGGGUGCACAUCGGAGCGGGGCAGCGAGGAGGCCGCGGCAGCGAUAGACGGCGGCGCGUGGAGGCUGCCCCUGCAGCCCCUGGCCGCCGACUACGCCUACGAAGCCCACAGCCCAGGGGACGAUCCUGAACGCGACGCGCUGACCGCGGCGGCACGGCUCGUGUCCAACAGGGCCGCCGUCGUGCCCUUUGCGCUGCGCGGGGCCAGCCAGGGGGCGCGCAGGACGGCCAGGGCACACCUGUCGGACCCCGGGAGACCGUCGGCCCAGGACCCCGACGGCGCGGUGGAUGCAGCGCUGCGCUGCGUGGCGGGCGCCCUUCUUUCUGGUACGGAGACGGCUGCCGCCCCCGUGGCGCCAUCUGAACAGGCCGCAGACACCGUGAGGCAGUCCCUCUCCUACAUGCGGGACCGGAUCUGCGUACCACGGGAUCUGCCGCUGCCGGCCGCCCGGCAGCUCCGGGCCCACCUGAACUGGGCCAUAAAUGGUCUCAUUAUGCAUGGUUCCGCAUGA